AUGGCUGUUUCGAGCGGGUUUGCAGGGGUCAAUUUCGAGACUCUUCUCAUCAGCAGCAGCGCAGCGACCGCCUCAUCAUCGUCGUUAUCUACGCCGAAUCAUAUUUGGGUUUUCUGCAAACCAGCUCGAACCAGAAGAAACAGCCUGGUUAAGAAAAAUGGUUGGGGUUCAUCGUCAAACCCUGCGAUCAGGUGCGAGAUUGCUGCGUCGGAUGUCUUGGUUCAGACCACUGACAAUUCCAAUUCGGCUUCUUCUUCCUCUUCUAGAUCUUCCAGUCUCUCUGCUCUCGAACUGCUCAAGACAUCUGCAGCUGACAGGUAUACUAAGGAAAGGAGCAGCAUUGUAGUCAUUGGGCUUAGUGUGCACACUACACCUGUUGAAAUGCGUGAAAAACUUGCCAUUCCUGAAGCAGAAUGGCCACGAGCUAUUGGGGAGCUUUGCAGUUUAAACCAUAUAGAAGAAGCUGCUGUUCUUAGUACCUGCAACAGGAUGGAGAUAUAUGUUGUUGCUCUAUCUCAGCACCGUGGAGUCAAAGAAGUGACUGAAUGGAUGUCAAAGACAAGUGGGAUCCCUGUUUCAGAGAUUUGUGAGCACCGAUUUUUGCUCUACAACAAAGAUGCUACACAGCACCUCUUUGAGGUAUCAGCAGGGCUAGACUCCUUGGUAUUAGGGGAAGGUCAAAUCCUUGCUCAGGUCAAACAAGUUGUCAAGGUUGGGCAAGGAGUUGUAGGCUUUGGGAGGAACAUCAGCGGGCUGUUCAAGCAUGCAAUCACCGUUGGAAAGCGGGUCAGAACUGAGACAAACAUUGCAGCAGGGGCAGUUUCUGUUAGCUCUGCUGCUGUGGAACUUGCCUUGAUGAAGCUUCCAGAAUCUUCCCAUGCCACUGCUAGGAUGUUGGUGAUUGGAGCAGGCAAGAUGGGGAAGCUAGUGAUCAAACACUUGGUGGCCAAAGGAUCCACAAAGAUGGUUGUUGUAAACAGAUCGGAGGAGAGAGUUGCAGCUAUCCGUGAGGAGCUAAGCGAUGUUGAGAUAGUCUACAAACCCCUUGCAGAAAUGCUAGCAUGUGCUGCUGAAGCAGAUGUAAUUUUCACCAGUACUGCAUCAGAAACCCUAUUGUUCUCAAAAGAACAUGUAAUGGUCCUUCCGCCUGUUGGUUCAGAUGUUGGGGGUUUGAGGCUUUUCAUUGAUAUCUCCGUGCCUAGGAAUGUGGGGUCUUGCGUUGACAAUCUUGAGACGGCACGAGUUUAUAAUGUGGAUGAUCUUAAAGAGGUUGUGGCUGCCAAUAAAGAGGAUCGGCUGCGGAAAGCAAUGGAAGCUCAAACAAUAAUUACUGAGGAAUCAACACAAUUUGAAGCUUGGAGAGAUUCACUGGAGACAGUUCCCACUAUCAAGAAACUAAGGGCGUAUGCUGAAAGAAUCAGAGUUGCAGAGCUGGAAAAAUGCUUGUCAAAAAUGGGUGAUGAUAUCUCAAAGAAAACAAGAAGGGCUGUGGACGAUCUUAGCCGGGGAAUAGUAAACAAGCUCCUUCAUGGUCCAAUGCAGCACCUGAGAUGUGAUGGGAGUGACAGCAGGACUUUGAGUGAGACCCUUGAGAAUAUGCAUGCUCUAAACAGAAUGUUCAGCCUUGAGACUGAGAUAUCAGUGUUGGAACAGAAGGUUCGAGCUAAGGUGGAGCAAACCCAGAAUUUCGAGGGGGAAAGAGACAUGUUCCAGUUGCAGAGACACAACACUACAACUUCUUCUUGACUUGGUACAGUGCAAGGAGAGGAAGGCAUCCUAGAGGGAUGAUGAUCCUUGCUGUAGUCUUGUCCGGUUUUGCAAUUAUUCUUCUUUUUGUUCCCGGUGAGUAAAAGAUUUCUAUGACAAGUUCAAAUAUUAUUUUGUGACUAUGAUUUAUAUGCCUCUGUUAUAUUAUAUAAACAAAAAAUACAAAAGUGCUUAAGAAAAUGUUAC